AUGGGGUCUUGCGUUACCGACACUCUCUACAGCAAUUUUGCAAACCCGUCUCUGAAAAGAGAUUAUUGUAGCCUCUCGGGCAGCGACAGCGGAGUCGAGAGCGUCCACGAUGGAGCUAAAUUGGCAAGAGAAUUGAUCGGCAAUGCUUUGCAGAAGCAUAUCCAAUCCAUUGAUACCGACGAGUGCGAGGCUGGCGCUGAAGAUGCCUUUUUCGUCGCUGACUUAGGCGACGUGUACCGCCAGCACAUGCGAUGGAAGGCCCACCUCCCUCGCAUCACGCCGCACUACGCCGUGAAGUGCAACCCCGACCCACGCAUUCUUGAGCUCUUGGCUAAGAUGGGUGCCGGUUUUGACUGUGCCAGCAAGACCGAGAUCGAGCAGGUUUUGGCCAUGGGCAUUGAUGCGUCUCGCAUCAUCUACGCCCAGCCUUGCAAGACCAAAAGCUACUUGCGCUUCACCGCCAAGCAAGGUGUCAGCCAGAUGACCUUUGACAAUGUCGAUGAGCUGUACAAGAUCAAGGAGCUUUUCCCUGCAGCCCAGCUGUUCUUGCGGAUCUCUACCGACGAUUCCGCCUCCCUCUGCCGCCUGAGCCAGAAAUUCGGUGCUGCCAUGGACGUGACCGAAGGUUUGCUCAAGACUGCCAAGCAAUUGGAGCUGAACAUUGUCGGCGUGGCCUUCCAUGUCGGCUCUGGUGCAUCCGAUCCCGGUGCCUUCCGACAGGCUGUGCGCGACGCUCGCACCGUGUUUGACAAGGGUGCUGAGCUUGGUUUCAACAUGCACACUCUUGACUGCGGUGGAGGUUUCGUUUCCGAGACCUUCGACGAGAUGGCCGCAGUCCUGGCAGAGACUGUGGACAAACACUUCCCACCUCAUGUUCGCAUUAUUGCUGAACCAGGAAGGUACUACACCAGCUCCGCCUUCACCCUCGCGUGCAACGUGAUCGCUCGUCGUACUGUUGAAGACAAGGUCACUCCUGGUGGCAAUAACAGUUACAUGCUCUACAUGAACGACGGUGUUUAUGGAAACUUCUCCAGCAUCAUCUUUGAUCACCAGCAUCCAAUCCCGCGGGUGCUGAACACCCAGGCCAAGCAGGAUGGCUACCGCUACUCUCUUUCCCGAGACGAUGCCAUCACCUACUCCAUCUGGGGCCCAACCUGCGACGGCAUUGACUGCAUUGCGCAGCAGUGGCAGUCCAAGGACACGGUCGACGUAGGCGAUUGGCUCUACUUUGAGGAUAUGGGAGCUUACACCAAAUGCUCUGCGACCCGCUUCAAUGGGUUCACUGACAAGCAUGAGACCAUUUACGUGUGCAGCGAGCCCGAUGCCGUCGCCCUGUUGAAGGAGUGA